CGUCGUCUCGCGACGAGUUGAGGAAGCUAAGCUAACCAUGAGCUAAUUAUCCGCUAAUAUCAGUGGAAUUUAUCAUCUAAGUGCCAUUCAGCAACUGAAGAGUCGUUUAAAAGGUCUGCAUCAUGGGUGAACCACAGCAGGUCAGUGCCCUGCCUCCCCCACCUAUGCAGUACAUUAAAGAGUACACAGAUGAAAAUAUUCGCAAAGGUCUGGCCCCUAAACUGCCCCCACCCAUCAGAGACAACUACAUGAUGUUUGGCAACCAGUUCCAAUGUGAUGAUCUCAUCAUCCGACCUCUGGAGAGCCAAGGCAUCGAGAGACUUCACCCCAUGCAAUUUGACCACAAGCGAGAGCUAAAGAAGCUAAACAUGUCCAUUCUUGUCAACUUUCUGGACCUUCUGGGCAUUCUGAUCAAGAGUCCUGGCAGUAUAAGGCGUGAAGAGAAGCUGGAGGACAUAAAACUCUUGUUUGUUCAUAUGCACCAUCUCAUCAAUGAGUACAGACCACACCAAGCCCGGGAGACACUGAGGGUGAUGAUGGAGGUGCAGAAGAGGCAGAGGCUGGAGACAGCAGAACGGUUCCAGAAACAUCUGGAGAGGGUGGUGGAGAUGAUCCAGCAGUGUCUCGCCUCCCUACCCGAUGACUUGCCCCAGUCCGAAGUUCCUGAUGGUGUUUGUAGCGGGGCAAAGAACGUUUCUGCAGGAGCUAGUUUCAGUUGUUCCUCUGCACAGGCCCUAAGCCUGAAAACAGAACCGAUGGAUGUGGAGGAAACUGGUGCCAGCUGCAUGGCAGCAAGCGUCCAGGACAAAAAUGUCCCAAGUUCAAAGGGGGACAAAAUGUGGGACAAAGAUGCUGCCAUGUGCAGUAUUAUUGAUGAGAUAGCCUAGAUUUCAUUGUGCAUCGUUUCUUCUUUUUUGUUGUUAUUGUUUCUCACUUGAUACCAAAUGUUUUUUCAUGGUAUGUUGUUUUCUGUUAAAGCUUUUUUUUUUUUUUUUUUUGUGGAAAUCGCAAACUUUCAAAGGAUCAGAAUGACAUAUUUACAAUGACAUAUUUACAAUGACAUAUUUACAAUGACAUAUUUACAAUGACAUAUUUACAACGACAUAUUAAGGCCACUCAAGGGAGAGAAAAAAAACGAGGGGGAACGUUUUUAAGUUUUUCAAGAUUUAAAUUUAAAUGUUAAUAAAAAUUUAUUGGCAGAAAAAAUGUCACAACGUCGAGAACCAAGUUGACAGUCGAGCCCUACCCCAGAAGAUGUGGACCCCACUGGACUUUCUGAACUCGACACCGUUAUCUUUACGAGGCUGUUAUUGUUGCACCUGAUGGUUAUUGAUGUAUGUUAACAGGAUUAUCUACAAAAUAAAAUGGAAUAUUUUAGUUGAA